AUGUCGUACAAAAGUAGCGGCAAAACGAAAUUUCAAUUCUUGAUGCAUUCCACGAAUUUAUGAUGCUGAUUUGAUACCUUUGUUGGAUAAAAAGUAGUUACCGCUUACCAGUACCGUUAUGCCGCCCAGGGAUCGUAAUAAAUAUAAAAGGAAAAGAUAUCAUCGAAGAAAACGAAAACGGCCGAUGGAUUUUGACAAAUUUACCAAUAUUGAUACAAUUUCGUCACCACACGAGGGAGAUCUGCACAUCGCUAACGAAGUAUCACUUGAACCUGUUGUGAAAAGGAUUUUUCUAUGGUUUUAUAAUAAACUUCCCAACAUUUCAACACCUUUUUCCUAUGCAAAUGAGAUUUUAUUUUCAACUCGAGCUCUGCGUUAUGAUCUUAACUCAACCCGUGAACAACUGAAUUCUACAAAACAAGAAUUGAAUGAAAUCAUGAAGAAACUGAAUAACCUAGAAAAUAACGUCAGAGAAUUGAAGAAUUUUUCAAUGGGGGAAAAGAGAGGGGUUUCCCCUUUGCGUAUUCCACCCCCUCCUCCCCCACCACCACCUCCUCCUCCGCCUAUCUCAACAUCUGCUUCAAAACCUUGUUUUCUCUUAAAGAAGAAACCUCCACAAGCUGCAAUAAAGAAACCUGUUAAAAAGGAAACCCAGAAAUCUCUCUGUGUUUCGUUGGACGAUAUUCUGAAUGUUAAACUGAAGAAAACUCAGCCACAGAAAAAUAUUGAUGAGAAAGAAAAUAAGGUUCCUGUUAACAAGCCCAACAUGCCUCGCAUCACCUUAGCUGACAUAACGUCUGUAUCUCUGCAAAGAUUGGGAAACAUUGAACAAACAUCUGGCAACUGUCAGAAUGAAAAUAUGGUGACACCGAAGUCUGUUCUUUUGAAGAGGACGCUUCGAAAGACGACAAUGAAACGUAGCCCGGGUGGAACUCCUAUCAUCCGACGCAAUCCAGAUCGGUCCACGGCUACAGGGCCUACACCUGAGUUUGCAAGGGCUUUACGGAGGAAAUUUAGGUCCAUAAGAACUUCACCAUUAGCUGAGGAUCAUCUCAUGCAAAGUCCAAUAUGAAGCAUCUGUAGCCAGAAGCAUAGAAGAGUAUAAAAUUCUAGUCCAUGUCAGUAACUGCUAGCAUAGAGCCUAAUUACUUUCAAAAGUAUCCGGUAUGUUUUGGGCCUUUGCAUUAUUAUUUGGUUGAAGAUAUAUAAAAAUGAAUGUAACUAUCUUGUUCAAAGCAUUUUUCAGAGCAUCUUUAAUCAAAUACCAUUUGGUUGCCUUUGCCUGAAGCAUCAAAUAUUAGUUCCGAGUUAGUGGCAACUUACUUGCAUUGUGCCUUGUUUGUAACGUAACUGUAAAAUUAUUGAUCGUUUCGAAUAUUUUCAUCUCGGAACAUGACAGAUUAACUUUUUUGAAGUUUAUUCAUUACUUUGUAUAUAAAUUUGUAAAUGCUUGAAUUCUAAUCCAGCCUUGUUCUAAAAAAAUUGUUUAAAAAGUAUCGGAUUCAUUUUA